GGUAUUUUGCAUGACAAAUUAGUUUGUCUAAUUUGUCAUGGUACCUAUUUUGGUUGCAGGCUUAUAGCGUGACAAUAAUAUAUUAAUAUGACAUAUCAAUAUAAUAUCAUGAUCACGAUCAGAUAGUACUAUCUUAGAUUUGUGAUCAAUGAUCAUGAUUCAUGAGUUCAGACUUUCAUAUUUGACAUAUUUUGUAGUCACUAGUCAGUAGUCACUGUAUCUUGCCUAAAUGUCCAUAUAGUAGGUAUUAUCACAGAUUAAGUAAAAAUGUUAAGUGAGUUGUAUUAACCAACAUUAACUAUUAUUAACUAAUAUGUGAUAGGUGUUAUAAUAUUUAAUUAAUUUAUGAAUUAUGAGUCGUGUUCCUACAUCUUGUUUACAGUAGUUAACUUGUUAUCGCCAAUCGGUAGUUACGGCUACCUAUAACUGAAUAUGUUGACAAUACCAAAAACUGUAUUGGAACCAGGAAGAACUGAAUUGGCUACGGAAUCAUUUUUAAUCAAGCCAAAUUUGAAAGGUGAUUGGUUAAAUUUUUUUAUGUUACUUUUACUUUACACUAUGCAAGGCUUGCCUUUGGGUUUAUCUUCAGCUAUACCGAUACUUUUACAAAGCAAGAAAGAUACAUCAUACCAAGAUCAAGCUUUAUUCAGUUUAGUUAUAUGGCCAUUUAGUUUGAAACUCUUAUGGGCUCCGUUAUUGGAUUCACUAUAUGUACGAAAGAUUGGAAAGCGAAAAUCAUGGCUCAUACCUGUUCAAUAUUUAAUUGGUACAAUAUUACUUUAUUUGGGUAACAGCAUUGAUAUCUUGUUACCUGAAAAAGGAAAACCAAACGUUAUGGUACUGGUAUAUCUCUUCUUUAUUACAAACUUCUUAUCCGCCACUCAGGAUAUAGCUGUUGAUGGUUGGGCUUUGACAAUGCUGAAAAAGAAUAACGUAGGCUAUGCAUCUACAUGCAAUACAUCUGGUCAAAUAAUAGGCGUGAUGAUUGGUUCUGUAUUUGCCAUCCUGUUUACAUCUGAAGACUUUAGCAAUAAAUAUUUACGAAUUACCUCUGGUGUAGAAGGGAUUGUGUCUAUGAAAACUUUGUUAUACAUUUGGGGUAUUCUAUUUAUGUUAAUAACAACAAUGAUUGCUAUAUUCAAAAAAGAAAAAGAUAAUACACUAGAAGAUGGCUAUGUAAAACUCAAUAUCUCUAAGACAUAUUCAUUAUUAUGGGAUAUUAUGAAGCUUCCAAGUAUACGAAUAUUGGCAAUAGCUUUAUUAACAGCAAGGAUUGGAUUUGCUGCAACAGACAGUAUAUCGACUUUAAAACUUAUUGAUGCUGGUGUAUCGAAAGAUGACAUUAUGGUUAUUAACACUGCAAUGUAUGUCGUAAAAAUGAUUAUACCGUUAAUUAUAGCAAAGUACACUUCAGGACCAAAACCAUUAAGCUUAUAUCUAAAAGUGACACCUAUCAGAUUACUUUGGAACAUUGUAUUUAUCGUAUUAAUAUACUAUACACCAAAAAUUAUAACUACUAAUGGGAUUGUAAAUAUUCCAAUAUAUUACUAUGCAAUCUUAAUUUUUAUAUUAUCAAUACAAGAAGUCCUUUCAUACAUGAUGUUUGUAGCUAUAUUAGCCUUUUUCUCUCGGAUAAGUGAUCCUCGUUUUGGUGGUACUUACAUGACAUUAUUGAAUACACUUUCAAAUUUAGGAUUUGUAUGGCCAUCUACUGUAGCACUUCAAUUGGUUGAUUUGUUAACAUCAAAAGAAUGCUCAUUUGAUUCCACGAAUAAUUGUUCUACAUUAGAUCUUCAAAAUAUUUGUAAAGCUAAUGAAGGGAAUUGUAUUGUUACAAUUAAUGGCUAUUACGUUGAAAUUAUUCCCUGUACAAUCAUUGGAAUUGCUUGGUACAUUUAUUUUAGAAAUAUCUUAAAAAAUCUUCAAAUUAGAAGUCCUUCUCAUUGGUUGGUAAAUGUGAAAAAGCCAGUUAUAGAAAAUAUUGAAGAGUCAUACCCUUUGACUGUAACAGUGUAAUGUUAUUGUGUAUUGAACUAGGUAUUCAUUUGAUCAAAUAACAUAACUCAGUGGCGGAUCCAGAAGUCACCCAAGAGGGAGGGAAUUUUCGAAGAUUAAAUUACCUUUUCCCUUCGUCCCCCCCCCUCUUUGUAUCCUCCACUGAGCUAACUUCAUUAUUGCAUAGAAUGACAUCACAUUCCGAUUUUAUCAGUACCACUGACAUUUGGAGGUAUUAAUAUGAUUUUGAUAAUUUAAUAUUUAUUUUCAUUAAAAAUCAUGAUGCCGGUGUCUGAAUAUCAUAUUAUAAAUUUAUAGUUUUUU